AUGGCGCAGCAGCCACAUCAGCCGUUUUGGCCUCUGGGUACGGGCAUUGCUCGUGGUUUCCUGGCUGCAUUUGACACGGCGUGGAUGGUCAGGAGUUGGGGAAAAGGUGUGCCACCCCUGGAGGUGUUGGCGGGGAGGGAGAGCGUGUAUCAGUUACUCUCUCAAACGACUCCAGAAAACACCAGCAAGAACUACGCCGCCUACAGCAUCGAUCCAUCCACACGUUACCCGAAUGCCAACCUGUCCUUGAUGAAACCCAUGCAGAUCAAGCGUCUAUAUGACAUAGAGGAUGGUAAAGCCAACAAACCGACGAAACCCAUCAUAAAAACUAAACCUAAAAAAGAUAUCCACAAACUGAGAGACGCAGAGCAGUCGGUGUGA